AUGUUUGGUGUCCACUACAAUAAUGACAAUGUCUCCCUCCAUGUUUGUGGCUGGCAGGAUUUUACUCCUGAUGGUGCCCAAAGUGAGCCUUCAGAUGCCAUCCCACGAUUCCAGGAGACUAACAUGAACACCAUGAAUGGUAUCGAGAGCAAGCCAAUGGCCUUUGGUACAGGUGGAGAGCAUCUGGAGCAGCCUUUAAAUUCUGCGAGAUCCUGGCUGUCAGCAGCAGAGAGAGCAGGCCAGGAGGGCAGCAGUGAGCACUGCAUCAGCAUCACAGGGACCGGACUCUUCUCUGCAGACCAAGGAAAAAUCAUUACCAUGAGAAUUGCAGUGAUUUGCUGCUGCCUCUUGGGCAUUGCCUCCGCCCUUCCAGUUAAACAGACCAAUUCUGGCAGCUCUGAGGAAAAGCAGCUUAACAACAAAUACCCAGAUGCUGUAGCCACAUGGCUAAAGCCUGACCCAUCUCAGAAGCAGACUUUCCUAACGCCACAGAAUUCUGUGUCCUCUGAGGAAACUGAUGACAACAAACAAAAUACCCUCCCAAGUAAGUCCAAUGAAAGCCCUGAGCAAACAGACGACCUCGAUGAUGAUGACGAUGAAAACAGCCAGGACGUCACCUCUAACGACUCCGACGAUACUGAUAACACCGAUGACUCUGACCAUUCCAACGAGUCUCACCAUUCUGAUGAAUCUGAUGAAGCUGAUUUUCCCACUGACAUUCCAACAACCGCAGUUUCCACUCCACCUAUCCCUACAGAAAACACAAAUGAUGGCCGAGGUGAUAGUGUGGCUUAUGGACUGAAGUCAAAAUCUAAGAAGUUCCGCCGAUCUAGCAUUCAGAGCCCAGAUGCCACAGAGGAGGACUUCCCAUCACACGUAGAGAGCGAGGAGAUGCAUGAUGCACCCAAGAAGACGAGUCAGCUGAAUGACCACAGCAAGGAAACCAACAGCAGCGAGCUUUCCAAAGAACUCAAGCCGAAGGCCAAGGAUGAGAGCAACAAGCAUUCCGAUGUGAUUGAGAGUCAGGAAAAUUCCAAAGUCAGCCAAGAAUUCCAUAGCCUUGAAGACAAGCUAGACCUCGAUCAUAAGAGUGAAGAAGAAAACAAACACCUGAAAAUUCGCAUUUCUCAUGAAUUAGAUAGUACCUCUUCUGAGGUCAAUUGA